AUGGCUUGUAUGACUCAAGAUAGUAAUAAUCAACCCAACGCCCACUCAAGCGAUAAUAGUUCUAACAUUGAGAAGAAAGCUCUUAGAUUACUCUUUUGGAAUGCUAGAAGUAUUGUCAAUAUUAUAACAGAGGCUAUUGUAAACAAUACUCCCAAGAAAAAAAUCGUUAAUAAUAAAUUCCAUCGCAAUCCAGUAAUGUGGUGGGAUUCGGAAUGUGAUAAGUUCCAAAGAUUACGGACUGCUGCCUUCAAGCGCUGGCGUUUUACUAAAACCCUAGAAGACUUUAUUUUAUACAAAAAAACCUGUGCUCAAGCCACAAAACUUUUCAAGAAGAAAAGAAGGACACAUUACAGGUCUUUUGCCAGUAAAAUAAAUUUCAGAACCAGCAACAGCUACGUUUGGAACACUAGCAAAAUAUUGAAAAAUAAAUGGUCUAAAGUAAAACCAGAUCAUGUCUCCGAAAAUUUUCAGACUAAAGAUAAAAUUGAAAUAGCUCUUAAUAAAUUAUGCCCUGAUUGGGCUAUUCCGAAUCCCAACACGUUACCCACUUGUGGUCACAAUGACUUUCUGAGUGAAUCUUUCAGUUUUACUGAGUUCAAUGUUGCCCUUGAAUAUAAAAAUACUCAAGCCAGUCCCGGUAUGGACGGAGUGGAUUUUGAAAUAAUUCAGUGUUUACCGUUAAAAUACAAACUUAUCCUGCUAGACAUUUACAACGAAAUGUAUAAAACUGAAAAUUAUCCAGAUAGCUGGAAAAACACUUACAUACAUUUUAUUACGAAACCCGAUGGAAAAAGUGUUAGACCGAUAGCUCUCACGUCGUGUAUGUGUAAACUGUUCGAAUCAAUGCUUAAAAAUAGAAUGCAAUGGUGGGUUGAAUACCGUAACAUCCUCCCCAACAGUCAGCCCGAAUUUCGAAAAGGGCAAAGCACUACCGAUAAUCUUACAAAUUUUCUUGUAUAUGCUGAAGAAGCUUUUGCCAAUAAGAACAGCGUUAUUGCCGCUUUUUUAGAUGUUACUGGCGCAUUUGAUAAAGUAUUAAUUGACAUUCUCCUACAAAAGCUAGCAAAUAUCUGA